AUGGCAUCGGCUCCCGUGACGCCAAAGUCUGGCUGGGUGCAGUACCGGGUCACCAAGGGAUUACGUGCAGUGGUCAGCCAAGUGUGUCGACAUCCCAUUCAUACCUUGCUGGUCACUUCUCUGAUCGCCACAUCCACUUAUCUCCAUGUUUUGGAAGGCACCUUUCGUGCUGCCAACCUAGGUUUUGGUUCCAAGACUGACGCAGCCUCUUUGAACGUCGAGUCAUUGCUCUGGGGCAGCCGAAGCCUUCGGAUUAGCGAGACAAGCUCGUGGAGAUGGCAGGUAGAUGACCUGUCUAAGACGACUAAAGAUGGCCAAGUUGAUCACCACUGGGCUCUUGUCACCCUUACCUUCCCCGGUGCCUCUGCCGAUAGCAGCCCUGUCUUACUGAGCACACUGUCCAAGUCUGUGGAUGCGGAGACGAUCACGCCAACCUCCAACUUCUUCACCUCAAUCUCCAAUGAAUUCUCACUGGCGUACCAAGUUCCGUACACCAAAUUGAGCGAUUUUCUAGAGGUGGUGGAAUUCGUUGCCUCGGAAGGGAUUCCCUUCUUGGUUUUGGCCGUGGGAUUUGAGAAGCCGAUCCACUUUACCCGUGCUGUUCUCUACGCAUCGAAGGAACUACAGCGUGGGUCGCAGCAGCACCAUAUGAUUCCUAACGCCAUAUUAUUCGCGAUCAACAGAGAAGGGUGGUCCAUUAUCCGGUCGUAUCUUCUUGAGAUCGUGGCUCUCGCAUUGGGAGCGGUCCUCCGGCCACGGGAACGAUUCGGCCAGUUCUGCUUUUUGGCUGCAUGGAUGGUGCUCUUCGACGCCAUCCUUCUUUUCACCUUCUACACCACCAUUCUCUGCGUCAAACUGGAGGUGACCCGGAUCCGGAACCCCGACACCCUAGACCUGGCAGAUGAGCAACGUGGGCCGCGGAUCUUCGGGUAUAAGGUCAACCGGACCAGCGUGGCUCGGUGGAAGCUGAUUAUGGUCAGCGGCUUCGUGCUCUUCAACGUACUCCAGCUGUCAUCAUUCUUUUACCGCAUGACGGGAAGUUUCAUGACCAAUGCCACUUUGACUCCAACCACCGUCAGCCCACUUAAAGCGGCUGCCAACGGCCUGAACGAUAUCUAUUUGGCUGCUCGUGCCGGCGGAGUUGAGACACGGGUCACGGUAUUGCCGCCGAUCCGAUAUAUCAUGGAAUCUUCUGGAUUGAGUGCGUCUGCUGGGAGACAUCCUGGAUUUGACGGCGUGCUGGCCGGACUAGAAACACCCCUUGGUCGACUCGGUCUCAUGGGCGCUUUGGUCCUCAGUCUUUACCUCAACAACCAUCUGAUUCACGCCGCCCGCUGGCAUAUUUCUCCUGACGCACUGAAACAAUUUACGGCACCUGCACUCUCUUCGUCGCCCGCACCAGUCCCUAGUACAUCUGCCCCUAUGCCCCCUUCUCGCAGCUUUGAGGAAAUCGACGCUCUGUUCAGAGCGAAACAGACGGAAUCUCUGACGGACGACGAGCUGGCUGAUCUAUGUCUCCGUGGCAAGAUCCCUGGUUACAGCUUAGAGAAGACCUUAGAGAGCAGUACCUCAACAGGAUCCUCAAGCACAGCAACAACUAGGCUAGAGGCAUUCACCCGUGCGGUUCGCAUCCGCCGGACCGCCGUGUCACGAACGCCUUCAACUCAGGACCUCAGCGGCGGUAUCAAGAACUCGCUGCUCCCCUACCGUAACUACAACUACGAGCUGGUGCACGGUGCCUGCUGCGAGAACGUGAUCGGAUACCUGCCCCUACCCUUGGGUCUCGCCGGACCCAUGCGCCAGCCGGGGAUGCAAGGCGAUCAACGCCGGUGGCGGCGCCGUGACGAUUCUCAAGGGCGAUGGGAUGACACGAGGCCCCUGCCUGGGAUUCCCAUCAGCGAAGCGUGCGCCGAAGCUCAGCGCUGGGUUGAGUCCCCCGUCGGCCAUCAGGUCCUCACCGAUGCUUUCAAUGCCACCAGCUGCUUCGCCCGUCUGCAGACUCUGAUCGUCGCCCAGGCUGGCACCUACCUCUAUAUCCGGUUCCGCACCACGACCGGCGACGCCAUGGGUAUGAACAUGAUCUCCAAAGGCGUGGAGAAGGCUUUGCAGGCGAUGAUCGCCCACGGGUUCCCCGAUAUGAACACUAUUACGCUGUCCGGUAACUUUUGCGCCGACAAGAAACCCGCUGCUAUCAACUGGAUCAGUGGUCGCGGCAAGUCAAUCAUCGCUGAAGCUACUAUUCCCGCCGACACCGUCCGGAAGGUUCUAAAGACCGAAGUCGAUGCGCUGGUUGAGCUCAAUACGGCUAAGAACCUGGUGGGUAGCGCUAUGGCCGGUAGUAUGGGUGGAUUCAACGCGCAUGCAUCCAACCUGGUUCAGGCCGUGUUCUUGGCUACCGGACAGGACCCCGCCCAGAAUGUGGAGAGCAGCAGCUGUAUCACGACGAUGAAGAAGAUCGACGGCAACCUGCACAUCGCUGUCUCCAUGCCCUCGAUGGAGGUUGGAACCAUCGGCGGAGGCACCAUCCUCGAAGCCCAGGGAGCCAUGUUGGACUUGCUGGGAGUCCGCGGCGCUCAUCCCACUGACCCCGGUGCGAAUGCCCGCCGCUUGGCCCGAAUCAUCGCCGCGGCCGUGCUGGCAGGAGAACUGAGUACCUGCUCCGCGCUGGCGGCCGGUCACUUGGUCAAUGCCCAUAUGCAGCAUAAUCGGAGUGCACCGUCAUCGGGGUGA